GUUGACUACUUGUUGAAGCCACAAGUGUUGGCCGAUGCUGAACGUCAUGUUAGAGCCGCCAACUUAUCGCGCAUUGUACUUAUUGAUAAUUUACAGAAAGUCAUUGAGGUAGAAAAUCCACUGGCUGAAACAAUUUCACAAUUGCAAAAUAGAAAGGGACAUCGUUUGACCUGGCAAGCAUAUCAUCGUUUGGAGGACAUACAUGGUUUUUUCCAUUUCAUGGCUAAAACCUAUCCCGAUAUCUGCUCGGAAACUAUUGGUUAUUCGAUUGAAAAGAGACCUUUGACGAUUUUAAAGAUCUCUAAUGGUAAUGCUAACAAUCCCGGUAUUUGGAUCGAUGGUGGUAUGCAUGCCAGAGAAUGGAUCAGUCCUGCUGUAGUCACCUAUAUCGCCAAUCGAAUUGUUGAAGGUUGGGAUGAAAUACCCGCUUAUAUGCGUAAUAUUAAUUGGUAUAUUCAUGCUGUGGCCAAUCCCGAUGGUUAUGAAUACUCUCACACUACCGAUCGUUUGUGGCGUAAGAAUAUGAGAUCACAUGGUCGUGCCUGUCCUGGUGUUGAUUUGAAUCGUAAUUUCGGCUAUAAAUGGGGUGGUAAAGGCACUUCAGCUAAUCCUUGUGCCCAGACCUAUAGAGGCAGCAAAGCUUUCUCGGAACCUGAGACAUUCUAUAUUUCCAAAUUCAUUAGUAAUUUCCCCAGAGAUACCUUCAAGGCUUAUCUAUCAUUCCACAGUUAUGGUCAAUAUAUUUUAUAUCCUUGGGGUUAUGAUUAUCAUGUUACCAAAGAUAUGGCCGAUUUGGAUUUGGUGGCCAGACAAGCGGGAACGAUCAUUACCAAGAGUACUGGUGCUAAAUAUACUGUAGGUUCCUCGGCUAAUACCUUAUAUCCAGCUGCUGGUGGUUCGGAUGAUUGGGCCAAGGGUAUUGCUGGCAUUAAAUACGCUUACACCAUUGAAAUGGGUGAUAGCGGUCGUUAUGGUUUUGUUUUACCUGCCGAAUACAUUGAACCCAAUGGCAAAAAUGGUUUAACCUUUGUCGAGACCGUAGCCAAGGCCAUUACCAUGGGCAAAAAUGGUCGUAGACGCAAAUUGAAGGCUCACAAAACCCACUAAGACAUAAUUAAUGAAAUGCUAGAGUAACUUAAGUGCCAGGAUUUAUACAAAGUAUAAAUCUUAUUUUAGCGAAAAAACCAUUUUAGUGAUAAGUUUAAUUUAUUUAUUACAAAAUUUAGUUAAAUUAAUUUAUUUAUUUAUUGAAACGAAACAGAAAAAACAAAAACAAGAGAAUAUAUUUAUUUAUUAUUAAAUUAAAUUAUUUAUUUAUUAUAAAAUUAAAUUAAAUUAUUUAUUUAUUUAUUGAAAUUAUUU